AAGAAACACACUUGAAAGACAACUCGACAUAACAAGUACAUACCACAAUGAUAAACCUUAUCAUACAUUCCGACUUGAUGACAACGUCUCGGAGAGCACAGUAGUUUAUCAGAAAAAUCACAGCCAGAAGGCUUAUCAGAUGUGGGUAGGCAGCGAGGGUAAAACACUCACACACACAUAUGUAUGAUCAAUCACUGACUAACUCGCUACCAGGUCGGCAAACAAAGAACUCCUGGAAUUUUCUCUUAUAAUAUUUGUGGGAACUGUGCUUAUAUAAACAAUGUGGGAAGUCGUGUUGGCAGUGAUGCUGAUGAGUAUUGGGACCCCCGGGCACGCCCAGUCCGCAUCCCAGGACAUGUUCAACGUGAAGACGAUGCCCGACCCGGUGACACGAUACCAGGCGUGCGGGCGCUCCGGGCCCUCUUUUGUAUGCGACCCAAACAACCUACUUCAGGAAUCGCAAGCCAACAGAUUGGACGAGCUACUGAAAGAUAUUUAUAACGAGACCACAAUCCCGUGCUACGCUUCCGGUCCACGUGCAUCCCGACGACGAGGCUACCUGGUCAUGGUGGCGAUCGUUAACAAGAUGAAGCGACUGCACACUGUCAACAUAACCGACUACAGCCAGCAGGUCCGCUACAUGGAGGCGCAGUAUUUCUCCUACUACCUGGGUAACGAGCUGAAGUGGGGCCGCCACUCCUCCCAGUGUAACGAGAUGGUCAUCAUCUUCUACUCCAACGAAGACCAAGUGCUCUACACAUCGACGCAGCCUCAGGCCCGGAAGUUGUUAACAGACGACAUCGUGCGGACAGCAGUCCUGGAGACCAUAUCCGCCGACUAUCCGUACACAGAACCAGGCCAACUAGCGAGCGCCCUCAUGCGCCUCGUCAGAACAUACGGGACCGUGCUGCGUGAGGAGGUAGCGCCACAAUAAGCCCCACCACACCAAGAUGGUGCCCCUCUUACACGCGCCUGUGAUAUUCAACGCUUACUGCUCCCCGAUUAUUAACAGAAAAUUUGUUUAUUUGUAGUCGUUAAAUCUUCUAAUUCUAACAUAUGUGUUUCUAAUAUACCGUAUGUGUAUUUUAUACAAUCAUUGCAAGCGAUAUGGCUUUCUGAUAAAUGGGCUUUUAUUCAUGCAUUAAAAAUGUUUGUAUGGCAAAGUGCAAUCUGCUUUUAUUAUUGUUAUUUAAUCGGUAGAAGAAACAAUAUUAAUUUAAGAUUUACUACAGGCGUAAAUACAUAAUGUUCACAACAAGCUGUGUUUUUUUUCAUUUGUGUGUUUAUUUUAUUCUUGUCUAAACAGAUAUCACAAAUUGCCUUAUUAGAUUAGAUCUUGUUGCUAUUGAAGGGGAAAACUCCAUCAGACUGUGAGUGAAUUCAUAAAGCCACUUAGGUUAAAUUUUCAUCUUAGUAGAAGUUAGAACAUUGCCUUUUUCCUAGAUGAAUCUUAAACAAAUCAACAAUGUUUGUGUAAACAAACAUACUAGUAUAAAAUAUGCAAAAAAUGUAUAUAAAUUCAUAUGAAUAAGUUUGAUGAAAAUUAGAGAGGUUUGCAAAUAUAAGAUGCAAAAUAUAAGAAAAUUUGACUGAUGUGAAGUUGCCUACCAAGGUAGCCUCUGACAACCUCUAUUCAAGGGCCACUCUCAUAGGAAGGUAGUGCGAGUCAGUGUGUGUUUUAACUGGAAACAGCUCACUUUAAUUCUGGAUUUGUUUUUUUGCGCUUCUGCUUUCAAAUUCCUAUAUCUUUAUAAUAUAAAAGCGAACAUUUUGUGAUUUUAUUGGUAUCGCAUCCGAAUAUCACUAUGUGAAUCUAACAAUAUAUCAAACAAAUCUUUGUACAAACAUGGUUUGUUCAUAAAAACAACAUCAUUAAUAAAUCUUUAAAAUA